CGGCAGUCUUCAGUCGAGCUUUCUAAUGACCUCAAGCGUUCUGUGUUGCGCGAUAAAAAUACCUUGAUAAAAAUAAAAAACUUGUACGCGGCUGGAACAGCUCGAUACUCGUGUGGUGAACCUUAAAAAUUCAAGGACAGGCGCACAUCGCUCCUUCGGGAUGUUGCGUCACAAAAAUGAACUCUAACCACUAAAGGAUAACUCUGUUAGUAAUUAACAGCGAGUACAACGAAGCAAACAGCGAACACGUAGGUUAAACAAUGGCAAUAUAAAGUGAUGUUUAAAAAACAAAUAAGGAUGUAAUUAUGAUAAGGGACUUUUAUUCUGCGAUACAAAGAAAUGACAAUGGUAUUGCUAAAAUAUUAUCACUCCUUCUAUUUAUAUUCCAAACUUGCCGAACUCAAAAUACCUUGGAGUGCUCCCAGCUGAUGCAGAACAGUAAAUGCACGUGCUACACUUUUGAAGAUGCCGUAUAUCUCGAUUGCCAAGACACGAUAUUAAAAGAUAUAAAAAAUGCCCUCAAAAGAGUUAGUAAUGUGCACGCGUUUUCUAUAUAUGAUCUCGACGGCAGUGAGGAAGAAUUGGGACCACAUUUUAUACCUCAAGGCUCUUGUAUCAAACACAUACAUAUAUCUCGAACUAACAUAAGAUACAUUGACGAUGAAACGUUUACGCCAUUGAGAAAGUGCCUUGAAAGCUUGAGCAUUUUAUCAAGCAAAAUUAAGUUUAUACCUCAAAAGGCACUAUCCGGUAUGCUCAAGCUAAUUUCAUUUGAAUUAAUUUCCAACCAUGUUGAAGAAAUCCCGAGCUAUAGUUUUUUUGGACUUCCAUUAGCAAAGUUGAACAUGAAAGGGAAUAUGGUGCGACAUAUAUCCGAUACGGCAUUCAAAAGUUUGGAAUCGUCGCUAUCAGAGAUCGACCUUAGCGAAAAUAGUCUCACUACUUUCCCAUUGACUUCAAUAGCUCAUUUAAAGUAUCUUCUGACACUUAAAUUAGCUUGGAAUGAAAUUUUUUCCAUUGCAACCGUAGAUAACUAUAAUAUUUUAUCGCUAGAAUAUUUAGAUUUGAAUUCCAAUAAUUUUGAAUUUAUUUCCGAAGACUGCCUUAAAUUUAGUCCGUCCCUGAGAGUUUUAUCAUUUCAUUUUAAUUUCAUAACUAACAUACAUUACCGAGCAUUCUACUCCUUAGUUAAUUUAACGUCUUUAGAUUUGAGUCACAAUAGAAUAAAAAUAUUACACACGAAUUUAUUUCAAACUAAUAAAAAUUUAGAGUCCAUAGAUUUAAAUCACAACCAUUUGCACCAUAUCCACGGCCUAUUCUGCAAUAUGCCGUCUUUAAAUAAAGUAUUUUUAAGUCAUAAUAAUAUACUUGAAGUGCCAAUAGAUUCCUUUUUUAACUGUAGUAAAAUAACUAUAAUACACUUAAACCAAAACUGCAUAAAUAAUAUAAAUAGUGAGAGCUUUAGUAAUUUAGAAAAUUUAGAAGAACUGCAAUUAGAUUUUAACUAUUUAAAUCAAGUGCCACAUAGUAUUUUGACUAAUAAUAAGAAUUUAACGAAAUUACAUUUAGACAAUAAUAACUUUAGUGAUAUAAAUAAUAAAACAUUCUUUAAUCUGAAUCAUCUUAAGGAGGUAAGACUUAACAAUAAUUGGCUCAAAAUUAUUUACAAAUCUUUAUUUAUUAAUUCCAUUCAUCUUGAAGAAAUAUAUUUAAAUAAUAAUAGAAUAACAGUCAUAGAACCGGGCACUUUUCAGAAGAUGUCAAACAUGAAAUAUAUUUUCUUGCACCACAAUAACCUCAUUGAAAUAAGCAACAUUCUUCCUUUGAUCAAUUCGAAAUUACUUAUUCUAUCUUUAGAAAGCAAUCAGUUAUCUAUAAUAAAUAGUUUAACAUUGGGGCCACAGAAAAAAUUAAAUCAAUUGAAUUUAAAAUACAACCGUUUAAAAUUUAUAGAGAAAAAUACUUAUAACAAUCUAACUUAUCUAACACAAUUAGAACUUAGUUUUAAUGAGAUCCUAUUUAUCAAUGAUUUUUCUUUUCAAAGGCUUAACGCAGCUCGUUAUCUUGAUUUACAUUAUAAUGUAAUUAGAAAUAUUACUAGCUAUACAUUUUUCGGCCUAAGUGAAUUAGAAGAUUUAGAUUUGUCAUACAACAGAAUAGUAUAUAUAUAUGAUAUGGCUUUUGAUACUUUGAAAAAGUUGAGAAGUAUUAAUCUGUCAUACAAUCCCCUAAAAAUACUUCAUAGGAAUCUAUUUCAGCAAGGGUUGCCGUUAAGUUCGCUUUUUUUAGAUAAUUGCGAUAUAGAAGUUAUUGAAAAUGGCACUUUUCAAGGUUUAAAUAACUUGAAGUCUCUCUCGAUUCGGAACAACUCUUUGAAGGCGAGCGAUUUACUAUGUCUCGAUAUUCCAGGUUUGAAAUUUCUGUCUAUAUCGUUUAACAUUCUGGACUAUUUACCAGUGGAGGCGUUUUCAAAUCUUCCUCUUUUAGAAUCUAUUAAUUUAGAGCAUUGCAAUAUCGAAAAACUUGUAGAAGAUAGCUUUGUCAACAAUAAAAAUUUAGUAAAGCUUAACAUAGCUCAAAAUAUUAUAAGUACAAUUCCUGAAAAACUAUUUAACAUGUUCAAUUCUUUAACCGUAUUUAAUGUCAGCAAUAACUUUUUAGACUACGUGCCAUACAGCAUAUUUGAAAAUCUCACCCAAAUAGAAAUCUUAGACUUUGCAGACAACUUAAUACAAAAGAUUGAAAUAAGUGGUCUGAAAAAAUUUAAGAAACUUAAAUCAUUAAUAUUUCGUAAAAAUGAAAUAAAUUCUAUAACGUGCACAAACAAAGUGAUAUUAAAUGAUGUUAUAUUUUUCGACAUUAGCUUUAAUAGAUUAGAUUAUUUACCCGAAAUAAUAUUUGACUCCUUUCCAAACAUACAAAAUAUCAAUAUUUCUUAUAAUAACAUGGCACAUUUCGAUUUUUUGACAAAACACAAAAGAUUAGGAGUUUCUUUCAUUAAUUUAGAUAUUAGCAAAAAUCCCACACAUUCUUGGAAACCUAAGAGCUCAGACAAUAACACGCUAAUAACAAGCCUGUAUGAAUUACAUAUUUGUUUUACAAAUAUGACUAUUAUUGAGGACACGACUUUGGAUUUGUUUAUCAAUUUACGGCAUCUUUACUUAAAAUUUAAUAAAAUUCGUCGUUUCUCAAUUAGCCCGUUUUCCACAUUAAUAUUUUUGGAAAACUUAGACUUGAGUUUUAAUAGAAUAACUCAACUUAAAACAAGUAACUUUCGCGGACUUGUUACAUUGAAUACUUUAUGUUUAUCUUAUAAUAAUAUUGAGUCAAUGGAAUCUUUUGAUGAGGAUUUAAGUAAUUUAAAGCUUUUAGAUCUCUCCCACAAUAAACUACAAAACAUUUUGAAUGAACAUUUAAUAAAUUUAAAAGAAUUAACUGUCCUUUAUCUGGCCUAUAAUAACAUUAAAUAUCUAUCAGCUACUUCUUUCAAUAAUCUUAAUAAGAUUGUAAAAAUAGAUCUAGAACAUAAUAAACUUCAAACAAUACCUUUGGAGUUACUCACAUCAAUAGAAAAUCAUAUACAAGACAUCUCCAUACAAGAUAACGUUAUUAUCUGUCGUUGCCAAAAGAACAACACGUGGACUUGGAUUCAAGAUCAUCCAAAAAUAAUAAAACAGUAUGCUGUUACUUGUUUUAAUGAGGAUUAUCCCAAAGAAAAGUGUGAUCUACCUUUUAUCGUUCAGUUAUCUGCAGACAAACAGGAUGAUAAUUCAGUUUUAAUAACAUGGCUUAUCAGAAAUCGUACUUCUGUAAAAGCAUUACAUGUGCUAUAUUACAACGAAAUCACCUUUUCUGAAGUGAAAUUAAAGCACGUAGAUCUGAAUUCAACGUCUACUCUUAUAACUGAUUUGGAGCCGAAUAUGAAUUAUAUGGCAUGUUUGCUAACGAUGUAUGAUAAUUCUGUCAUCAAUUUGUUGAAUGAAGAUUUCAUAGGCAUCAACAGGACGGAUUUUGAAACUAACAUUACUGCAAAAAUGAAUCGUAAUAUAGCGGCGUCACUGAUUGCACAGUCUACAGCAAGUGAAUGUGUUACUUUUGACACGAUAAAAAAACCGCUGAUAAUUAAAACAAAAAAUGGCAAAGAUUACAAAACUUCGUCUAUAUUAAAUCGUCGCACUGGCUUGAUUGUUGGCUGUUCACUAGGAUUCAUAGUGUUCUUCGUAAUGGUAACUGUUUUAUUAUACACAAAAUUUAAAGAAAGAAAAAGAAUCGCAAAAUCAGACCCUGCUUGGUCUGAAAUGAACGACUACCACUCCAUACAAAGCAAAGAAGAUAUUAUCCAACAUUCAACGACAGCGUCUACUGAUAACAUUUUAUUAGGGAUGACAAAAAAUCGUAAUGUAUCAUUUGACAAAAUUAUAUAAUACUCAUAUUUAAAAUACUAGUUACCCAAGAUUUAUUUGUUUUAGUGAAUUUAACUACAAUAGAAACUAUUAUUUUAUGGUUAGGCUAUAUGUUUAAAUAGGUAGCUGCAUUGAAACUGUAGAUUAGAUUUGUAGACAUAUUUACCCAUAAGGUAAAUUAGAUAGAGAAUCAAAUAGUGAUGAAAAGUUUAUAAAUUUAUUAGGAUGUAGAUAAGAAAAUUUAUUAAAAUUGUUGCAACAUUA